UCUCUCGCUCUCGCUCUCGCUCUCACUCCCCCUUUGCAGUUUUCCUUCAACAUUUCAACAUGUUGGUGACCCCAUCAAGACAGAAAGACAAAACGCUAGGAAGUUGAAACAGAAAAAGACAGGAAGUUAGGCAGUUGAAACAGAAGAAGAAGUUGUGUUGGAAAAAAAAGAAAGUUGUGACAGGAAGUAAGAAGCUGCUGCAGGAAGUGGCCCAAAAUGGCGGCCAUCGAACUGCAGCACGGUCUGGAGCGGUCUGGGAGGGGCUGGGGAACAGAGAGGGGGGAGCUUCUGGACAGCUUCGACUCAGAGAUGCAGGAAUGGGAGGACCAGCUGCAGGACAUGCAGAGGAAGAUAGAGGAGGUGAGUGGUCAACCACGGUCAGAUACAGUCCAACAUGGUCCAAACUAAAGUAAAACAUGAUCCAAAUACAUGGGAUAGUCCAAACAUUGUCCAACAUGCUCAAGCCCAGUUCUGACAUGGUCAAACAAGAUCCUAGGUAGAGUAACAUUACCUGACAUGGGGUUCACUACAUUAGUAGUGUGAACAUACUUGUGAAUAUUUUCACUUUGAGAUAAUGUCUUUCUCGUCUCACACUCUUGGUCGUCCCUGAAGAGUGUUUAACUGUUUGUGUGUGUGUGUGUGUCCUAUAAUAAACUGUUGGCAGCACACCCCUUCCUGCGACCCCAUGCCCCCUUUGGACUAAUGAUACAGACACGUUAACAAGCUAAUUAAACUGUGAUGUGCUGACAGACAGUCAGAACACACACACACACACUGUGAAAGUUGAUACUAAUGAACACAUUAAAGCUUGGAAUAGCAAAGUAAGCACACACUCACUCCAGCUGAAGUAACAGAUGUGCAGAUUAUAAAAAAUAGUCGGGGUUGUGUAACUGUUUUGGGAUGGUUUUGAUGGAUUGUGUAAACAAGGCUGGUUGACAUUGUCGUACGUACAGAAGUGUUUUUUGUACGUAUUGGUAAACAGUGCUUUUGUAUUGACAUUUAUGUUUCGGAACACGUCUACGUUGUAAGUAUAAAGAUUUGUUGUAUGUAUAAAACUUGUGUUCAUGUUGUGAAUGUAGGUUUUUGAUAAUAAUCAUAAUGCCUAUGCGCAUAUUUCAGCUUUACAACGAGGUGCAGGCUCGUAGAGGCGGAAAUGAUGUCACCAUGGACAACAGCAAAAAUGAUAGGAUGAUUGAUUUCGGACCUGGGCACCAUGACAACGGCUUCUGUGACCCAUAUGGCAGCCACAGCAAUGCCACCAAGGACCACCCCAGUGCUGUAGACGUGCCAAAUCACUGUAGCAAUGGUUUUAAUCACGGCCCCAACGGUUACAGCUACCCUGUCAGCCAUCAGAAUGACGGCUAUGGUUAUCCCCAUAGCCACAGUGCGGUGGAACUUGGAGACUUGUUGCAGGAUUAUCUUGGACAUGGUCACGGAAAGACCCGGAAGACCAACUCAGCUCUCAACAAUGUGAGUAGCUACAGUAACUAAGGGUUACAGUUACCCCUUUGGUGUUUGCAGAUAGGAAGAAAUCUGAUAGGUGAAAGCAAUAUGGUAGAAUCUCCCCUUAGCUCAUUGGAAGACUAGAUGGGACCACCACCAUAUUGAUUACACCUAUAUGGUUCCUUCAAGUCUGCCAACACUGGAGGGGCAGGGGCUAGGCAGGGUUGUUUUCAGGAACAUAAAUAUAAAUAGAUUACAUAGAACUGGCAUGGCUUCAUACUCCACUGGAAAUUGCAUAAGCCAUGCCAGUGUGGCUGCAUAGCUGAAUUUGAUAUGCUGAAUCUAUGCUAUUUACACUAUUCUGCUUCACCAAUUAUUUUCCCUCCCAAGUAACCCUUGUUCCACUUCUCUCUCAGCAUCUGAAAGAGAUCACCAAAGGGAGCCAGGAUCAGUCUGUACACCAGGAUGAGAUGAAGAGGAGGCCUGUUGGGAAUGAAAGGUAAGAGAAGGAUAUCCACAGACCUCAUCAUUUUGUGAACAUAAUUUUGUGAACAUAAUUUUGUGAAUAUCAUUUAUGAGAGUUCAAUCCACCUAUACAUUUCCUUAUUUUAGUAAUCUUAUUGAUUACAUUUUUUUGCUUGUUGAUCUGUUUUAGGAUUAGUCAGGUGCGGUUUGCGGACGAGGAGGCUGAGAACAGGAAGAACAGUGUAUCACACAGAAAGAGUUCCCCUUGCAGGGACCUUAACAAGGAGAACACAGGGGCCAAGCCCCCCCUCAGACAGAGAGAAGGUCCUCCCAUACCCCCCCGAUCCACCUCCCAGAUGGCCCCUCCCGACACCUUCUCCCCAGCCCUGGACAGGAAGUCCAAUGCCCCUGGGGUCCUUGUGGACAAGAAGUGUGGUAGCCCCUCGGUCCUCAGGAAGUUUGGGGCCAUGCUUCAGGAGAAUGAGGGCAAAACCCUCACCGAUACCGGUGUGGUGACCAACCAGGUGCCUACCGAGAACAAGUGCCCCACCCCCGUCUGUCAGCGCAAAGGGCUGGGCGGCAGCAGGACGACCGGGCGCGUGCCUGUCCGGAAAUGCCAAGCAGAUUCCGUCGUGCUGACAGGGAGGAUGGACUCCAGCCAAGAACGAGGGGCAGUGAGAGACUUUAGGAGAGAGAGCCAGCUGGGUGAGGGUAGAAGCACCUCAAUGGGUAGCUAUGCUCACCCUAAAGGACUCCAGGCAGGGGGUCAGAGGAGGUCCCAGGUAGGAGGCAGCCCCAAGCCCAAAGCAAGGGCCCUCGGAAGGGCAGACAGAGACAGAGACAUGGGUCUGGUCCAGGGGGAGAGGGCCAGGAGGCCUGCACCCCAGCCUGGGGAGCCCAGAGUGGACUACAGAAACCUGAGUGGGUCCCAUGUUGGGGCUCAGAGGAUCCAGAGGAGAGGGCCAGUUGCAGAUCAGAAGAAGGAUGAUGGACUCAUUGAGCUACUGGAUAUGCUGGACAUCGAGCACGAGUACAGCUCCUGCCCCCAAGCCGCACAGACUGCCUAUAGACAGUACACACAGCAGGUGAGAUAGGCAUAGCAAACACAAACACACACACACACAGUCUUGAUCUGACCCACUCGUAUUGUUUCUCUCCAGAUGAGUCUAGCUGAGUCGUCCCCAGCAACCCCCACAAGGAACUUCUCUCGUCCUGCUCGCCCAGCCAAUCAACGUCCUCCAUCCAGGUGGGCUUGCUGUGCCCCCACCGCCUUGAUCUCUGUCCCCUCCGGUCCAUUGUCCCGCCCCCCAAGCACCUUGGCACGCACCCCUAGCCCCAUAGCAAGAACCCCAAGCCCUGCCCUGAAACAGCAAUCUUUCUGCUCCUAUUUGCUCCACACUGAGACUGCCAUCAUGUGAGAGACACAUGCCCCGCCCCCUCUAAACCCUGCCUCCCCUACCCCAAUUCAACACACAGGACCCAGAUGACAUUGUCCUGCCCUCUCUGUAAAUACUAAAGACUGUUCUUUCUAUCUGGCUUUUAAAAAAAAAGUGCUUUAAGAGAUGUUCUAUGAGAUUACUCACAUGACUGUAUAUGUGUGGUCUAUAAGAAACAAAAUGGUUGACUCCUGAUCAGUCUCCAGUGUUACUGUGGCCUUCCCUUCUCCUGUGCCAAACAUAUUUUACUUCUUAAUUUCUCUCACUCUCUUAACUUCUCUUUCUUUCUUUCUUUCUUU